AUGAGGCGGCCCAAUUUGGGGUUUGUCGUCUCUCUGGCGGCCAUCUGGACUAUUUCAGCUGCAGAUAAAGCUGCAGCUGAUGCCCAGGAAGCAGCAAAUGCGUAUCUCGCCUCUCUUUCUGUCACCACCGUCUCUGGCCCAAUCUCGGGUAGACCAACAGAUCUGGCGAGUGCUCGUGCCGCCAUAAUAGCUGGAAACUACACUUCUCGGCUACACCAUGAGACAAGACGCCGCUGUCCAGCAAGCUGCGGUACCAGCCUCAAUUCAAGCACUUGGUACGUUUAUCACGACGUCGACCGCCUCAAAGCCUGCAAUGAGACUAUGCUCCUGGACUUUGCCCUAUUCAAUUCUAUCAAUGAUACCAAGUCACACGUCAGCAUUUCUGCGUGUACAGCAGAUUUACAAUCAUCUGCUGAUGAUAGUAUCGGAUCGGCAACAACAUGUGCGCUCAAGAAUGUGAGGCAGGUCGAAACAAAGUCGCCUGUACAACUUGCUUCAUCGGGCUCUUUAUCAUCGACGCAUGUAACAGAUGUUAUUGCUGCCCUGGAUCAGCUCCAUGCAUUCUCGACCCUGGCUUCAUCUGGCUGUGAUGAGACUAUCAAGUAUGCGUAUUCUGGAGAGGCUGUUGUUGGCCUUUACGUCGGAUCAGGUCUUGCCGAACAGGGUACUCUCACCGCAGUUCUUGACAAGCUCAGCGAACAAGUCAAGAGUGAUGGUGGUGUCUCAGAGAAUCUACUGGCCCAGAUGUGCAGCAACUCAUCUGCUAGAUACUCUCUAGGAGUUUUUGUCAAUACUCAGCGCCAACUGGGCCUUGUCCAGCAGGGUGUGCAGACGUGGAAAAACAGCAGUUGCAUAACCACAAUGGAGAAGACUACAUCAAAUUGGCAGACUACAACCUAUCUUGCGGCAUCUUUGGCCCACAGUAACUCUUCCGCUCACAAUACAACCGUUGGGUCCCAGCCAAGGGCUAUGUUAGCCCGUGGCACCACUUGUCGCACUAUCCAGGUGCAAUUUGGUGACUUAUGUCCUUCAUUGGCCACUGAGUGCGGUAUCUCGUUGGCAGAUUUUGAAAAGUAUAACCCUGGAUCGACCUUUUGUAAUAAUCUGCAGCCAGGCCAGCACGUCUGUUGCGGUGCUGGAACCUUACCAGACUAUUCUGUUAAGCCCGAUUCGAAGGGCAACUGCUAUUCUUACUUGGUUAAGACAGGAGACUCAUGCUCAUAUCUUGCUGCUGCUUAUGAUAUAGCGAGCAACGAUCUCAUAGAGUCGUACAAUAAGAAAACAUGGGGCUGGAAUGGUUGUCAGAAAUUGUUUGCUGGCUACAACAUCUGUCUCAGCACUGGCUAUCCUCCCAUGCCUGCCCCGGUUGCUAAUGCUGUCUGCGGACCGCAGGUUAAUGGAACUUCAUCCCCGCCUCCGGGAAGUGAUUUCAGCACCAUGAAUGAGUGCCCUCUAAAUGCAUGCUGUAACAUCUGGGGACAAUGUGGAACAACGGACGACUUCUGUGUUCCAUCCAACUCCAGUACUGGAGCACCUGGCACGGCUGCUCCUAACCAAAAUGGAUGCAUCUCCAACUGUGGCAGCGACAUCAUCUCAUCGGGUGCCCCCAGUGAGAUUUACAACAUUGCAUAUUUUGAGGCCUUUGACUGGCAGCGGCCUUGCUUACACAUGGCAGUCACGGAUAUCGACGUUUCAGCUUACUCUCAUAUACAUUUUUCAUUCGUCACUCUCAACAAAGACUUCUCUAUCAAUGUUACAAGCGUUGCUGAUCAACUACCCUUGCUUCAGGGAAUGGUUGGAAUCAAACGUAUUGUAUCGAUUGGUGGCUGGGACUUCUCUACCAACCCAGACACUUACACAAUAUUCCGUGACGCUGUUUCCUCCGAAACUAAUCGGCAAACAUUGGUCACGAACGUUGUUCAAUUUAUAAGUGACUAUGACUUGGAUGGCAUUGACUGGGACUGGGAGUACCCAGAUGAACCCGACAUCCCUGGUAUCCCCAAGGGAUCCGAGACUGAGACGACCGGUUACUUCUUACUGCUCGAUGAACUAAAAUUGAAGAUGCCAGCUGGCAAAACCGUCUCCAUUACUGCUCCAGCAUCUUUUUGGUAUUUACAAUACUUUCCUAUACAAGCUCUGAGUCUCGUUGUCGAUUAUAUAGUCUAUAUGACAUAUGACCUUCAUGGGCAGUGGGAUUAUAGGCUUGGAAACUGUUUGCGAUCUCACGUUAAUCUCACGGAGACUACCAAUGCUCUUUCUAUGAUCACCAAAGCAGGCGUGCCGUCCAAUAUGAUCGCCGUGGGCGUCAGCAGCUAUGGUCGCUCGUUCCAAAUGUCCGCUCCAGGCUGCUGGACUUCACAAUGUACCUACACAGGGCCUGAUUCGGGGGCGUAUCCUGGACUUUGCACGAAUGCGGCUGGCUAUUUGUCCAACUAUGAGAUUGGCUUGAUUGUCUCUCAGAACCCUACAGCCCAGCAAUACUGGGACGAGGACUCCUACUCAAAUAUUGUUGUAUUCAACAACACUCAGUGGGUAGCGUAUAUGAAUGAUACCAACAAAGCUGGCCGGAAAGCUCUUUUCCCACUUAUCGGAUUUCUUGGAAGUGCUGACUGGGCGGUUGACCUUCAAUCCGACAGCGGAAGCGAAUCAGGGUCUGAUUCUGGGUCCUCAUCUGGACAGACCAUCUACAUUGACCCUGCUAUCUGGUCCUCAGUAACUCCUCAGGUGGUUGCUCCGCCAGGUGCAACACUUAUCUGGCCCCCGAUGCCGCUUUCGAUCACACAGACCUUAACAGGUGGCCUAACAACAGUCUAUCCUUCAUACAUUCUCGGAUCAACACUCACAACUAUUACAAUCCCUCCAGUGACAACCACUCGUAUCCCUGUCUGGGGUGUUUCCCUCAACAUAAGCUCAACAGGUGGACCAAUCUACCUAACAAGUUCCGUGCAACCGCCACCGAUCACUGUUACCAUUACUCCGAUUAUUGGCGGAACCACUUCCAUUAUUGGCGCCACGAAAACUACUACUAGCACUGGAGGGCCUGUCAUAUGGGGCUCACAGACGUAUAUAGAAAGCGACGAGACAGAAACUCUGGGAGGACGCACGACAGUAAUUAAUGGCAAGACUUUACCACCCACUGUGGUCACUGUCACGCCGAAUCCUCAUCCUACAACAACAAACACAAUUCCAGAUCCCAUAAUUAAUCCCAAAACACCUAAAUGGACAUCUGGUACGGGAAGCGUUAUCAAACCGACCGCCAAACCAGGAUGCAUUGGCUGUGGCUUGCCGUGCUUGCUCUAUUGCGACCCGGACUGCCCAUCUUGCCCUCCUGGUGCAUUUCCGCCAUCUAGCGGUGGUGGUGAUGAUGAUGGGGAUGAUGACGAAACUUCAACAUCAACUGCACCAACUGCUGCCUAUACACUCCUCCUGGAGUUACCAUUAGCUGAUGACGCAUUUCCUACAGAGCUCUCGUCGCCGGAUGAACUAUCGUCUAUGUUUUCUGAUGCACUGUCCUCUCUAAGCUCCGAGGCUGGUCUAUACAGCACUACCACCUCCAGUACCCCAGCAAGUACCAGCAACACACCAACUUCAUCGAUAGAUAUCGCAACACACACGCCUACGGCGGAUUGUGACUUCUGGGAUAAGGGCUGGGGUUGGAAUUUUGAGAUAUACAACAUUGACUGGUGGACAUCAGACGGGAGCACCAUUCUAGAGGACCAAGAGAAAGGAUGCGGUGCACUAACAGGCUGGGAAUGGCAUCCCGCAACGGACACUGAUUACGCCUAUGCUUACUUCAAUCUCCCAUUUUUCAUCAAAGAUGGCUGCGUCGAACGGGCAAUUGUCUCAGCUGGUGGCCCUAAGAUUGAGUGCACGGGUCACGGCCUCCUUGGGAAGAAGAGAAGCCGAGUUGAUGAAGAAAAGCACCUGAGUGCCAGGGGUCGCGUCAGAGCCAAAGCUAUGCCUCCUUCGUACUCAGAUGAGGAAAUAAAGGAGUUUCAAAAGGUUUAUGCACAGAACCAGACGUUUCACCCAUAUUCGGCAAUGAACUGGGGCACCGUUGGGCCAACCGCUACACCGACACCAAUAUCCUUCCCAUAA